UUUCAACUCGUCAGUUCAGAGAAACAGAAACUGAAAGUAUUGUCGAGCUGUUGUGUGUUUGUGUUUCUGUAUUUAUGCAGUAAAAUGGCAGAAGCCAGAUUUUCUCAGGAUGAGUUCAUGUGUCCUGUGUGUCUGGAUCUCCUGAAGGAUCCAGUGACCAUUCCCUGUGGACACAGUUACUGUAAGAGCUGUAUUACAGGCUGCUGGGAUCAGGAGGAUGAGAAGAAAGUCUACAGCUGCCCUCAGUGCAGACAGACCUUCAGUCCAAGACCUGCUUUAGGUAAAAACACCAUUCUGGCUGAAGUGGUGGAGAAACUGAAGAAGACUGAACUUCCUGCUGACUGUUACCCUGGAGCCGGAGACGUGCAGUGUGACGUCUGUACUGGAAGAAAAUACAAAGCCGUCAAGUCCUGUCUGGUGUGUCAGGAGUCUUUCUGUCAAACUCAUUUUGACCGUCAUGAGGAAUAUCACUCUCGUAAACCACACAAAAUGAUCGAUGCCACUGGACGACUGCAGGACAUGAUCUGCCGUAAACAUGAUAAAGAGCUAGAAAUGUUCUGUAUCACUGAUCAACAAUGCAUCUGUGUGUGGUGUAAGGAGUCUGAACAUAAAAACCACAACACUGUAUCAACUGCAGCACAGAGGACAGAGAAACAGAAACAGCUGAAGGAGACGCAGGUGAAGAUCCGUCAGAGAAUCCAGCAGAGACAGAAAGAUCUUCAGCAGCUGAGAGAGGCUGUGGAGUCUCAUAAGCGCUCUGCACAGACAGCAGUGGAGGACAGUGAGAGGAUCUUUACUGAGCUCAUCCGCUCCAUUGAGAGAAGCCGCUCUGAGGUCACACAGCUGAUCAGAGAUCAGGAAAAGGCUGCAGCGAGUCGAGCUGAAGGACGACUGGAGCGACUGGAGCAGGAGAUCAAUGAUCUGAGGAGGAGAGACGCUGAGCUGGAGCAGCUUUCACACACACAUGAUCACAUCCAUUUCCUGCAGAGUUUCCAGUCUCUCUCAGCACCUCCUGAAUCUACAGACAAACCCUACGAUCCCUUCAGUUCUUUCUCCUCUUUUGAUGGCAUGGGAGAAUCUGUCCGUCAGCUGAGAGAAAAACUGGAGGAUUUCUGCAAAGAGGAGAUCAAGAAGAUCUCUGACAGAGUCACAUUCACCAACAUGAAUCCCAGGACCAGGAACGACUUCCUCCAGUAUUCCCAUCAGCUCAUUCUGGAUCUGAAAACAGCGAAUAAACACCUCCGUCUGUCUGAGAGGAACAGAGUGAUUACUUACACUGACACAGUCCAGCCGUAUCCUGAUCAUCCAGACAGAUUUGAUCGGUGGCGUCAGGUGUUGUGUAGAGAGAGUGUGUGUGGACGCUGUUACUGGGAGAUUGAGUGGAGUGGGAAUAAUGUGGGUAUAUCAGUGUCAUAUAAGAGCAUCAGCAGGAAGGGAGGGGGUUUUGAGUGUUUGUUUGGAUUUAAUGAUCAGUCCUGGAGUUUGUUCUGCUCUUCCUCCAGAUACUCAUUCAUACACAAUAACAUAAAGACUGUUCUCCCUGUAAAGUCCAUCAGCUCUAGAAUAGGAGUGUAUGUGGAUCACAGUGCAGGAACUCUGUCCUUCUACAGCGUCUCUGACACAAUGAGCCUCAUCCACACAGUCCAGACCACAUUCACUCAGACGCUCUAUCCUGGGUUUAGGGUUUGUUCCUCUGGAUCAUCAGUGAAACUGUGUUGAUGUUUCAGAAUAAACUGUAGAGAGAUUUUACCCAUAAUACUUUGAGCUGCAUGAUGCAAAUGUGUGUAUUAAAACCUCAUAGAGCCAGUAAGAACAUUG